ACCACACCGAUCGAGCCAAGAACAUUGCAGUGCGUGAGGGAGUGAGAGAAUGGCGGGUGGCAAAGCCGCUCUCCUGGUGGCCCUGCUCUUCCUGAGCCUGGCCUUGGAGACCCAGCAGGCGGACAGCGGCGGGUACGACCCCGCCCCGACGCCGCUCACCACGUCCCACAGGAAGCGGCGUCCGUCUCCGCCGCGCCCUCGCCCCCGCCCACCUACACCUCCCACGCCAACGCCGCCCCCGUACACUCCGUCCCCUCCUGAGCCUGAACCCACGCCGCCCCCGUCCCCUCCGUCCCCUCCUGAGCCUGAGCCCACGCCAACGCCGCCGCCGUACACUCCGUCCCCUCCUGAGCCCACGACACCCCCAUACGCCCCGGCCCCGAUGCCAUCUCCCUUCCUCGAGCACGGCGCGGAAGCCGACUCUGCUGGCGUACAGGCCGCCGCCGACGCCGACCUACAAGCCCAGAGUCUAGGGCUGUGAGUCCCUGGCAACGCAUGCAGGGCCAUUCUCAUCGGAGAUCUAAUAGUAUGUAGUCUGAAUAAUAAUGCAGAUUGCUUGGUUACCCGCUGAUGAUUUGUGUGCGUCCAGAGUUAGCGUACUAUUAUGUGGAUGUGGGUGUUGCUACUGUUGUGGUGUUACUGUAAAACCAUUGUCUGCUAUAAUAUGGAAAUGGAAAUGGGAAA